GUUGUUAUCUAUUGAGGCGCAUAUAUUUAAAUGGUUCAAAAAAGCGAUGGGGUUUAGGGUGGUUGCAGCCUUGCGCUAUAUUAUUCAGAUGGAGCCACAUGCGCAGGCAACCAUGGCAAAUGAGCAUUUAUAGAGUGAAAACAUUUUUGCAGUCAACAAAAGGGUUUUUCUUAACUCUUGCUCAUCUACAACAUCCAUCACCUCAAGGAAAGGAAUUCUUGUUAUUCUCGCGAGUCUCCACGUUGUCAAUAUGGUUCGCGUCGGCACACCAUCCGACGGCUCGAAGCCAGCAGGGCCUUAUGCAGCUUAUCAGGGUCCGCCAAGCGAAUUCAACACCAAUCUUCGCAAAAUAUCCGCCGUCGCCCUUGCAGUUCUUCUCUACAGCGCCGCCAUACCUUUCAACCCCGCCGGUUGGUUCUUUGCCGUUGAAGGCGCCUUUUUCGUCGAUGCACUGUGUUCUGGUAUAAUCCUGCUCUGCGCAUGCUACUUCCAGUGGCGCAUCGCGGGACUUACACAUGCACUAGCCAUCUCCGUUCCCAGCCCCGGCGGCUCCACGAUCCGGGGCGGGAGAAUCGAGCGAGGCGGCAGUAGCACCAUCUUUAUCUGGCAGUCGAGCAACUACUGGCCGUAUGCUGUGUGCGAAGCGGUCCUGCUUUCUUUGGCGGAGUUUGGGCACAGCGAAUUGCUGAGGCGAAGUAUCGUCAUCGGCGUUGUAUCCGCACUAUGGGUUCUGGGCUGGCACGCUACUCCACGGGCUUACAAGACAUGGGCCUGGGAGCAUAUAAAGUCAAUGUGGUUCUGGAUGAUCCUAUCGGAAUUGCUCAAGGUUGGACGACCGACUGUAGGAAGACGUGCGCGUCGCUUCUAGUGGUGCUCGCGAGUGGGAAUGGAUAUAUCGAAAUGGGAAUGGAAAUUGAUGUUCAAGGUCAGCAUUGUGUUGGCCUGUAAGUUUACCAUGCCGCACUACAACAGUGUCGCUGUGGCUAUGUAUACUUCUAUGUGCAGCUAGCACCUUAAUUAAGCGGACUUUGCGUCAAGUUAGCCCCGACUAAUUGAUGUCACCUCCUGUUUACACAAAGCAUCUAACCUAACAAUGUUUGCUUUCAUAAUCUCAACCGCGAUGCUCAUUGUAACCACCCGAUACUUGCGGAAGCAUCUGCAUUAUGCUAAAUUGUGUCUCAUAUGUUUAUGUUGAUGUUAGUUUAGUCAAUGCAAUGCAACAACCAAAUCCACUAUCAUACUGUGAACUUUUGUGCAAUGGAAGAGUGCCAGCGAGAAGAACCAGGCAUUAUG